AUGGCCUCUUUCUCGUUCCUGUUCGCGGUUGCCGCUACUCUCCUCCUCUUGCUCGUGGUCGGGGGCAGCACUGCCUCCGCAGAGGUCGCAGUGCCAGUGGCCGCAGAUGUCCCGCUCUAUGCACUUUGGUCUGGCCUGACCAGCACCUUCUUCAACAUCUCCACCAUUGACUCGAGCACCGGAGCCCAGGGGCCGCAACUCUACACGAGUGCGGAGUGGGUUAUGCUUUUCCCCAUCACCCCGGCAGUGGACCAUCAAGGCAAGCGACUCUUUGCUCCUUUGCUCAGCAUGGCCAAACAGGAGAUGGCGCUGGGCGUGUUCGACGUGUCCAAGGUGUCUACUGGGCAGGUGACGCUGGAGACGACCAUCAAGAUCGGCGAAACCUACGUCAUGGGCCUGCACUACGAUCCUGCUGGUGAUCAGGUGUGGGUCAUUGGCACCGACAUGCACAAGCGUGCCUCUGGCGUGUGGGUAGAGCUUGUCGAUCUCUCCGCGGGCACUUCCAAGCGCGUGGCUACCGUCCCUUAUGGCGCGGUGCCUGCCGCCUCCGGCAUUGGCGGUGCGCCCACUGCAUUCGAUCAGAAGAACAGGCUGCUUGUUUUCCCUGCGAGGACGGAAGGAACUUCUCCGCACUUCUAUUGGACUCGUUUGGAUGUGCAGAAGUUGGAGUGGAGCAACGUGACGCUGGACACUCUCUACCCUGCCGCCAUGGCGUGGGAUAGCGAGAGCGGAUUGUCGUACGGGCUGUUCAGCCCCGCCUCCGGCAACGGGGGUCCGUUGGCCUUCGGUACCAUCGAUUCACUCACCGGCAAGGUGCACGACAUCAAUCAAUGGGACUCCACCAAGUUUGUCUUCAUAGUCGGCUCCCUGGCCGCCUACAGCCCGACCAAGUCUCAGUUUUACUCGGUGUCUGGAACGGGUGAGAGUCCUCCCGUUGCGCUGUUGUCCGCCUCCACUGUGUCUGGCCAACUCGAGCAUGCGACCUACUUCUCCGGCAGAGAAGUCCAGCCGAGCGGUCUCUUCUGCCUGUAG